AUGCCCAAAGCGAAGCAUCGCAUCACAGCAGACGGCCGCUGCAAGCGCGAGCGCGGCGAUGCUGAGGCACAAGCUGAUGCAGUCUCCAGUUGGAGGUGCCAAAAGUGUAGCUUCGUCAACGAUGACGACUUGCCUUUCUGUGAAAUGUGUCAAGAGCCGAGAGAAGGCGAAUCACGUGAAGCAGAAGAAGGCAGCGAAGAUGACGCGGCGGACUGGUUCUGCAGCAAGUGCUCCUUUAAGAACACUGGGCUGUUGCCAUACUGUGAGCUUUGCGAGAAUGCUCGCUCGAGUUCAUCCAGUGCUCAGGAGGUGCACGCCUGCCCCCUUUGCUCCUUCGAGAACGCUAGUUCCCGCACAGCCUGCGCGAUGUGCUCCACUCCUUUGCCAUCGGUGCCAGCUUCCACUGGCGCCCCGGCGCCCUCCGGCUCGGGCGCCGGCUCCAGCGACCGUGCGGACCCGGCGGACCCGUCUCCGCCAGCGCCGGAGACGGCACCCGCCUUCACGGAGGAGGAGCGUCGAUUGCUCACAUCCAUGGGCUGGAAUGACGAAGAUGACGACGAGGAGGGCGGGUUGGAGGAAUGGGAGAUUGAUGCAGCGCAAGAGAGCCUGAUCGGCCGCCUCCAAGCCGAGGGCGACCGCGAGACGCUGCGCGACCGCGCGCGGCGGGAGUUCGACGCUUGGAAAUCCGGUGAACGCUGGGACCAACUCUGGGUACCGGGUGCCUUGAUCUUGGGAGUCAUCGUAGGCGUCUUCAUGCCGGCCGAAGCUGGGUGGGGCAAUCGCAUCUCGGAAAUGUUGGGGUGGACCUACUUCUUUGCAUGGUCAGUCUCCUUCUACCCACAGGUCGUACUCAACUUCAGAAGGAAGAGUGUGGCUGGUUUGUCGUUAGAUUACCAGAUUCUGAAUGCUUUUGGUUUUGGAUGCUACUUCCUCUUCAAUGCCAUGUUUUUCUACGAUUCUGGCAUUCGUGCUGCUUAUCGAGAGGAGCAUGACAACCAGGACAGUGGUGUGCGGCUCAAUGACGUGAUUUUCGCUGGCCACGCCUUUUGCAUCACUCUCCUGACCCUGCUUCAAAUUUGUAUUUACUGGGACUAUCCCCCCUUGAGGCACCAGGAACGGAUCUUUCGACGUGCUGUCAUCGGAUCCCUGUCUCUCGUAGGUUUGGGCGCUAGCAUUUUGGCGAUCUACCUCGGCAGCCUCUCAGGGUGCUGCUCCAAGUGGUUGACUUUCCUGUCGACCUUGGCUGAGGUGAAAGUCAUCAUCUCUGUGGUGAAAUACUGCCCGCAAGUAUGGCUGAACUACCAGAGGAAGAGCACAGUUGGUUGGACUAUCUACAAUGUUCUCCUGGACUUCACUGGAGGUUUGCUCAGUGUCGCCCAGUUGCUGCUGGACUCCUGGCUGACUGAUGACUGGAGUAAAGUCUCUGGAGACCCUGCCAAGCUAAUGCUUGGCAACGUCUCUGUCUUCUUCGACAUCAUCUUCAUGGUGCAGCACUAUUGUCUCUACCCGCAGGGGGCCCAGCGAUGCUGUGAGAUCAGCGACAGCUCUGAGGCCUAG